CACAACAAUACAUGGCAUAACUAAAAGUUUGAUACUUUAUUAGAAACACAUAAAAUAUAUAUCAAAAAGCAUGGAGGAAAGCAAGAAUAUUAUUAGUAGCAAAAACAAUAGUAGUAGUAGAAAGGGUGGUAGCUUUAGAUUGGGUUUGGGAUCAAAAGAUCAUAGUGUGAUUGAGCUUGGUAGCAUUGACACACAAAGGCUCCUUCUAGAAGGUGGUGGUGGAGAGAUGAGAGAAAAACAAAAGCCUCUCAAAAACACACUCAACCAAAGGCAAAUGAAAACUCUCAUUGCCUUAUGUGACACCAUCUUGCCUUCUAUCAAUCACAAUAAUCUUCAUGGCUUCUCUGAUGAAUCUCUUUCUAACUUCUACAAAACUUCAGCUUCCAUGGCUGGAACACCUCAACAUGUUGGGGGAGUGAUAAGUGAGAGAUUGAAACAUCCAUUAACAAGGUUAUUGAAGAUAGGGUUAUGGAUGCUGUCUACAUGGAUUGGAACAUUAAUAUUAUGUGGGAUGCCAUGUCUCUCAAACAAGUUUCCUUUUAUCCAAAGCUUCCCUGACCUCCCUCUUCAUAAACGCCAAAAGAUUCUUCAAUCUUGGUCUCUUAGUUAUUUUCGCCAUCUUAGGAUGUUUUUCAGAACCAUCAAGCUUCUUACUCUACAUGUCUUCUUUACUCAGGUAGAUGAAUCAGAAGACAAUUCAUCAUGGAAGGCAAUUGGGUAUUGUGGACCUGAUCCAGAAUUCAAAUCACAGUUGAAAGACCAUUUCUUGCAAGGAAAAUCAAGAGGAAGAGAAGAAGAAAAUGAUGAUGAUGAUGUUGAAAAUGCCAUAGGACCACUUUACAAAGGAUUAGUCCAUCUCAACAACCCAAGAGACAUCACUGCAGAUGCUCUAAGAAGACAUGGAUUCGCGGUUUCGGUGAUCCGUCGGAAGCCUAAAGUUGCUCCUAAAUUGUGUUCCCCUUCAUUGGUUAUCCAAUGUGAUGCAGUGGUGGUUGGUUCUGGCUCUGGUGGUGGUGUUGUAGCUGGUGUUCUUGCAAAAGCUGGUUACAAGGUUUUGGUGUUGGAAAAAGGAGGAUAUUCUGCUAGGAACAAUCUUACCCUUCUUGAAGGUCCAACCAUGGAUCAAAUGUACCUCAAUGGUGGUAUGGUUGCAACUGAUGAUAUGAGUGUGCUCAUACUUUCAGGUUCUACUGUUGGUGGAGGCUCUGCAAUUAAUUGGUCAGCAUGCAUCAAGACCCCUGAUCAUGUAUGCAAGGAGUGGAGUGAUGAGCAUCAUUUGGAGUUGUUUGAGAGUGAUCUGUAUAAAGAAGCAAUGGAUGUUGUUUGUGAAAGCAUGGGAGUUCAAUCAGAUAUUGAAGAUGAAGGAUUCAACAAUGCUGUGUUGAGAAAAGGGUGUCAAGAAAUGGGGUAUCCUGUGAGCAACAUUCCUAGGAAUUCGCCAUCGGAUCACUACUGCGGUUGGUGUUGCUUGGGUUGCAAGGAUGGGAAGAAGAAAGGGACCUCAGAAACAUGGCUUGUGGACUUGGUUAAAUCAGGCAACGGAGCGAUUCUUCCAGGCUGCGAGGCGAUAAAAGUCUUGCACAAGAAAAAGAGAGGAAAAGAUAGAAAAAUUGCAAGCGGGGUGGCGUUUGAAUUCGAGUACAGAGGAGCUAAGGACAUAUGUGUGGUGGAGUCUAAGGUGACAAUUGUAGCAUGUGGAGCACUUAGUACUCCAGAGUUACUAAAAAGAAGUGGCUUGAAGAAUGAUAACAUAGGAAAAAAUUUGCAUCUUCACCCAGUGACAAUGGCUUGGGGAUACUUCCCGGAUAAACCCAGUUCUGAGGUGUGGCCUGAGGCAGAGAAGAGAAGCUUUGAAGGAGGGAUAAUGACAGCCAUGUCGCCGGUUGUUGCAGAGUUUGAGAAAUCUGGAUAUGGAGCCGUGAUCCAAACACCUUCACUGCAUCCUGGUAUGUUCUCAAUUGUCAUGCCAUGGGUUUCCGGGACUGAUAUUAAAGAUCGAAUGCGAAAGUUUUCAAGAACUGCUCAUAUCUUUGCACUAGCAAGGGAUAAAGGAUCAGGGACAGUGGAUUCGCCAGCCCGAAUAAGUUAUCAUAUGGAAGAUUUAGAUGAACAUAAUUUACAAAAGGGAGUUGAAAAGAUACUAAGGAUUCUGGCAGCAGCAGGAGCUGAAGAAAUUGGAACACAUCACAUCAAUGGAAGAAAAUUGAAUGUAAAGCAAUCUAGCUACCAUGAUUUUGAUAAAUUUGUUAAGGAGGAGAGUUCAAGGCCGUUAACUGGGCUUACGACGCCAUUGUGCUCUGCGCAUCAGAUGGGAAGUUGUCGGAUGGGUUCAAAUCCAAAGGAAUCGGCAGUGAAUCAAACAGGGGAGACAUGGGAAAUGGAAGGGCUUUAUGUGGCAGAUUCAAGUGUGUUCCCUACAGCAUUGGGUGUGAAUCCAAUGAUCACUGUUCAGGCUAUAGCUUAUUGCACAGCACAAUCUGUUCUUGAAGUUCUUAGAAGGAAAAGGCGUUGAUGAAAUUAUAUAU